GAAGGACUUUCCUUUCGACAGGAAUCCUGUGGGAGAGUUGCAAAGCUGGAUAUCCUGAGCAGAGCUCAAGUCCAGGGCCCUGCACAUCAGACCUCUGAAAUACCCCAGGAAAUCCUCUCCCUCUAACUGACUCAUCCAGAAUGAAUGCCCUGGAUUCCUGGAUAUGUUCAAACCAGUACAGAGCCCAGGAGCUCAAGUGAGGGAGGAGCUGUGCCUGUGGUGUGGGAGUCGCGGAUCGAUCUGGCGCGAUUUACGGCUCCACUGUAACCUUCCCCUACAACCUGGUUCCAUCACUGCUGCUGGAGUUUAAAAGCCAUCUCUGAACCUCAGCAGGGACUCACCAGGGCCCACAACCAUACUGGGCUGCUGCAAUUCCACCCUGGAACCCUGCCAGCACCUGCACUUUGUCUGGGUGAACAAACAAAAAUCAAAUGCUUUUUGAAGGGAAUAAUUCACUGGGCUGAUUCUCAGAACCUGCAGCUUUAAUGUUUUAAGAAAAAUGUAAUAUAAAAAUGGACACAAACCUGACCUGUUGGUUCCCACCAAGAGUAGAAUCUCUUGUUUCCAUUCUCAGCUGCAGACUCGGAGAAGGAAGCCUGGAAGAUUUUCCUAGAAUGGCUGGCACAUUCAAAUGAGGCAAGAACGCCCAAGAGAGCAAAGAGGUGCUCACAAAGAACUUUCCUGAACAUGAAAUAAAAUGUGAGCCUCUACAAGUAUUUCCUUUUCAUCCGAUAGAUACAUUAACAAGGCAUUUAACGAGCCAUUAAUGAAGCAGGAGGCCUUUUAGGCAACGAAAAUACGAACUUCAAGUGGGCAAAACCGUGAAAGCAACCUGUGAAAGUGAAGCUGGAGCGAGCAGAGCAGAGAUCCAGCUGGAUGAUCACGUAUCUUGCUACAGGUAUCACCAACCUAUCUUUAGGCACCUUCUGGAAAGACGGUUCACUGAUACCGCCUGGAUCAGCCCCGGAAUUUGUUUGAUGUGCUUAAGGGAUUGGUAACAAUAGCUCCUAACGUGACUGCGUUGCGAGGUGACAGUGUUUCCUUGGAGACCGUGAAUCCAUCCAGCCCCGGCCAGGAUCCCGGCAGGUUCCCCUUCUCCAGAGGCCCUGGAAGUGCCUCCCUGUGCAGGGGCAGAGAUGGGAAGAUAAGCUCUGCCUGUAGACAAAUAGCCCUGCGCAAGAUGCGAGGAUUUUAUGCAGCAGCCAGACAUGUCUGAAAGCUCCUCAGGUCUGACUACAAGCAACCAAAAGUUCUCGAAAUCCUAUUCCUCCUGCUGCUCCAUCCUUGGCGAUGCACACGAUAUUCCGCCGGUUUUACCCCCAAACAGAGGAAUCCUCGGGCACAGCUGGGACUCCAGGCUACCUUUCCCACUUCCUUCUGACUCCUUCAAGUACCUUGGCUGGUGUGACAUAGAAGAACAGGGUGUUCGAGGAAAUCAGCUCCGCUGUCCCCGAGUGAGGGAAGGGCCCUCAGAAGAAGAGCUGUUUUUCAGAAAAGAAGAACAUACCCUGAAAAGAAGAAAACAAGUAACUGACACAGAGAAAUGGGAAAAGAGGCUGCAAGAGAACUGGGAAAACUGUGCUGAGUUGAACCUUUCCUUCCAGGACCUGGGUGAUCUUUACCAGGUGGAAAACUUCAAAAGAAUCCUCCGAAGAUUAAUUCGGGUGGAGAAGCUUUGGCUGGUGGACAACUCUUUGACAGACCUAAGUGCCAUAAGGUUGCCAAGAUGCAGAGAGCUAAAUGUAAAUAAAAACCACUUUACAUCCUUCAAACAGCUGCCAAAGAUCCCUCAGAUUCAGCACUUAUCUCUCGCUGAAAAUAACAUCACGACCCUAAGUGGGAUUUCCGACCUCAGACACACUCCACUUGAAUCCCUCAUCCUCAAGAGGAAUCCCUGUGAGUUCCAGAAAGGAUACAGACAGCUUGUGUUCUCCAGUUUGCCAAACCUGAAAAUGCUGGAUGGAAUCCCAAAACUGCCAGAGGACUGCUCACCCCCUGCUGUCAGUUUUUUUUACAGAAUGUGUACUAUACUCUAGCACUGCAUUUUUGUAGGAUCACAGCUGUGCUACAACCACCUUGCUCAAAAGAGACAAUAAAUCCUGCUUAUGGAAGCUCUAUUUAUUUAUUUAUUUAUUUAUUUUUUACUGAUCAAAGUGAUAUUGAGACAGAAAUAAAACAUUUUUUGAGUGCAAUUGUGGAUAUGGAUAUGUAAAUAAGACAUGAUGUUAUACUGAAUAACAUGAGUUUGGUGUAUUAAAAGCAGUGUGUGAUUUUCUCA